AUGAGCGAGAUUACUCACCCCACUAUCAAGGAUGGCUGGUUCUCCGAGCAGUCCGGCAUGUGGCCCGGUCAGGCCAUGAACCUCAAGGUGAACCAGGUCCUUCACCACGAGAAGUCCAAGUACCAGGAUGUGCUCGUCUUCGAGAGCAGCGACUAUGGUACCGUGCUGGUUCUGGACAACGUCAUCCAGUGCACCGAGCGUGAUGAGUUCUCCUACCAGGAGAUGAUCACCCACCUUGCCAUGAACUCUCACCCCAACCCCAAGAAGGUUCUGGUCAUCGGUGGUGGUGACGGUGGUGUGCUCCGUGAGGUCGUCAAGCACGAGUCCGUCGAGGAGGCCAUCCUCUGCGACAUCGACGAGGCCGUCAUCCGCGUCUCCAAGAAGUACCUGCCCGGCAUGAGCGUCGGCUUCAAGCACCCCAAGUCCCGCGAGUACGUCGGAGACGGCUUCGAGUUCCUCAAGAACCACAAGAACGAGUUCGAUGUUAUCAUCACCGACUCUUCCGACCCUGAAGGUCCCGCCGAGACCCUUUUCCAGAAGCCCUACUUUGAGCUUCUCAAUGAAGCCCUCCGCGACGGCGGUGUCAUUACUACCCAAGGUUCCGAGAACCAAUGGCUCCAUCUUCCUCUCAUCGCCGACCUCAAGAAGGCCUGCGGUGAGGUCUUCCCCGUUGCCGAGUACGCCUACACCACUAUCCCCACCUACCCCUCCGGCCAGAUCGGUUUCAUGGUCUGCUGCAAGGACGCCACCCGUAACGUCCGUGAGCCCGUCCGCUCCUGGACCCGCGAGGAGGAGGAGAAGCUCUGCCGCUACUACAACGCCGAUAUCCACCGCGCCAGCUUCGUCCUGCCCAACUUUGCCCGCAAGGCUCUGGCAUAA